AUGGCAACUAAACAAGAAGGAGGAAAUGCAGGAUCACCACCAACACCAACAAAGUCACAACCAUUAUGGCAUAAUAUUAUUAGUGGUGGUAUAGCAGGUGUAUCAGAGAUUCUUGUCAUGUAUCCAUUGGAUGUAGUAAAGACUAGAGCACAAUUACAAGUUGGUCAAAGUCAAUCAAUGUUUACUAGUUUGGUUCAGAUGAUCAGACACGACGGUUUCAGAAUGUAUCGUGGUAUUGUUCCUCCAUUAGCUGUCGAGGCACCAAAGAGAGCUAUCAAGUUUGCAUCAAACAAGUUUUAUGAACAAAAGAUUUUAGCUUUUUAUGGAAAUAGUAAAUUAACACAAAAACAAGCAAUUUGUUCUGGUAUUGGUGCAGGUGUAACUGAAGCAUUUAUUGUAGUACCAUUUGAAUUGGUAAAGAUUAGAUUACAAGCCAAAGAGAAUGCAGGUAAAUACAAGAAUACAAUGGAUUGUGUUGUCAAGAUUGCUAAAAGCGAAGGUUUGGGUGGCUUUUUCAAGGGUUUAGAGUCGACACUAUGGAGACAUGCUCUUUGGAACUCUGCCUAUUUUGGAUUUAUUCAUACUCUCAAGGCUGCCUUGCCAACACCAACCAGCCAAAAACAAACACUACUCAACAACUUUGUUGCUGGUGGUCUUGCUGGUACAUUGGGUACAGUCUUGAAUACUCCUGCCGAUGUCGUCAAGAGUAGAAUUCAAAAUCAAGGUACCGGUCCAAAGAAAUACACUUGGUGUAUUCCUUCCAUGGUCACUGUUGCCAGAGAAGAAGGUGUCGCUGCUCUCUACAAAGGUUUCCUUCCAAAGGUACUUCGUCUUGGUCCUGGUGGUGGUAUCCUUUUAGUUGUUAAUGAUUAUGUUAUGAAAUUAUUAGCAAAAUAA